GCUGCCUCUGCGCCCGCCUGGUAGCGAAGGGUGUCCCGGGCUUGCCGCGUUUCUCCGCCCAGCCAGCCUCGGCCUUCUGCCUCUCGCCGCCCGGCGCGUCCCGCGCCUUUCCUGCCGCCUCCGCGCAGCCCUGGCGGUGCUAGGCAUGAAGCUGAGCAAAGCCCAGUACGAUGAGAUAGCCCAGUUCCUGGGGCACGUGCAGCCCACCCGGCAGAGCCUGAGGAAGCUGAAGGAGAAGUUUCCUAGUCAAUCGCAGUCCACUCUGCUGAGCAUCUUCUCCCAGGAGUACCAGAAACAAAUCAAAAGAACACAUGCCAAGCAUCAUACUGCUGAAGCUAUCGAAACUUACUACCAAAGGUACCUGAAUGGGGUGAUGAAAAAUGCAGUUGCCCCAGUAUUACUGGACCUGGCCAAUGAGGUGGACUUUGCCCCAUCAUUGAUGGCUCGUAUUGUGUUGGAAAGAUUUCUACAAGAAAAAGAGCAAGCCAUCCCCUCCAAAACUCUUAUAAAUAGUAUGCUGCGGGACCCUUCUCAGAUUCCAGAUGGAGUGCUAGCAAAUCAAGUCUAUCAGUGUACUGUGAAUGACUGUUGUUAUGGACCACUGGUGGACUGCAUCAAACACGCUAUUGGGCAUGAGCACGAAGUCUUGCUGCGAGAAAUGCUUUUGGAAAAAAACCUCUCUUUCAUAGCUGAAGAUCAGCUUCGUGCAAAGGGUUAUGACAAAACACCAGAUUUUAUUUUAGAAGUACCAGUAGCUGUGGAAGGACACAUAAUUCAUUGGAUUGAAAGCAAAGCCUCAUUUGGUGAUGAAAGUAGCCACCAAGCCUACUUGCAGGACCAGUUUUGGAGCUACUGGAACAGAUUUGGCCCUGGAUUAGUCAUCUACUGGUACGGAUUUAUUGAAGAGCUGGACUGCCAUCGUGAACGUGGCAUCCUGCUAAAAGACUGCUUCCCUACUGACAUUGUGACUCUGCGCCACAGCAUGGCUCAGUGCUGAUGUUGGGAGGAAGAGGUACUGAGCAAAUUUCUGGCACAUUGAAGUCCAAAAGAACAACAUGCAGGAGUUUUCUAUGUGAGUUAUUACUGAAGGAUUUCGCCAUCCUGGUAUUCAAGAAGGGGAAUUUUAAAAAAAUGAUAAAACAGUGCUUCAUACUGGAUCAGUUUCACAAGACAAAUAAAGCACACAAAUGGACAGAAGUUUCCUGUGUACUUGUUUCCUUGCAAGAGCCUUGUUUUUCUCUUCUUAGAACCACCAAGAUCAGAAGUUGUUUGAGGUGGGUGUUAGCCCUUCUUGAAGUUUUGAAUUCAGUCUCUUCUUUUUCCAUCCACAUUGCCACUCAGAAGGGCAAGAUUGGGUCUCAGGUUUGUGCUCUCAGAUGUUUUUAAUAAGACAGUGGCAUAUUUGGCUUGGCACACUUCAAUACUCUUUGCUAACUAUUACUCAAGAAAGGGCAAAAUAUUUUAAAAUGUCAGUGAGAGAUUUGCCUGUAUGCUCAUCAUGUUCAGAUUUUCUGAGAAAAGCUAUGGAUUCUGUUGUAGAAAUUAAGGACUGAUAACAGUCUCCCUAAAGCACAAGUUGAUGAUCUUUUCCAGAAAGAAAGGGUCUGUAAAACAUUACAGUGCAUAUUCAUCACCUUUUUUUAGUUGAAAGUUUAGUGAUACUUUGUGCGCCUGUACGUUUUUCAAAAAUCAUGUGCAGACUUUUUACAGUCUUGCCUCAAGUGGAAAGGAUAUUAAAAC